AUGGCGGGGCCGCUGGGGCCGGUCUACGAGGGGCGGUUCACAGACAGGUUUCCACACAUCUCGGCCGCUGGGAAGUUGCUUCCAACUGGCGAUACGGCUGCGCAUUGCCUCACUGAGAUUGUACCCAGGCCCGUUACUCCAACUAUUGUGCGAAAGUUUUGAAAUACGACAAAUCCAGCUCCUGGUGUUGAAAGAAUAUUCUGUGGCAGAGCAGAUGAUCCUGACAUUGCAGCUCACUUGACACAUGGCAUACAGUCAUGUUCUUCACUUGGUGCAGCUUCAUUGAUAAAUCCACUUCCUAAAACUAAUUUUCAACAAAAAAUACAAGAUAGAAAAGAAGCAAUCUACUUUAGUAACCGUGAAGCACCCUUGGGCAAAUCACAUGAUCAAUCUCCUAUGUUACCUAAGGGCUUAGAUAUAACUAAUACCACAUUUGGAACAAAAAUCAUCCAAGAUGCACCAGCUGGAGAGCUUAUAAAUCCACCAAAAACUUUUGAGGAAGUAGAUAAAGAAACCAGAAAAGGACAUGACCUGUACAUUGUGUCGCACAAUGAUUAUUAUGCAGGGGAAGCAAUAAAUAGGAAGUAUGACUCACCAAACUUCAGCAAGUCUUUUGUGUAUGGAAUAGAAACCCCUCACUUUAAAGAUGGACGAAAUGUAUCCAAAUCCUUAAAUUGGCUCUGUGAUCUGCAAUGGAAAAAAGCAGCAAAAAUUGUAUCCAAAAGAAGUGAUGAUUUCAAGGAAAAAUUUCAGCCUCAGGUUGGAAAAGUCCUUGAUCCUAUAGCAGAAACUAUGAAUGUUCCCUCAGGCAAUACAUUUGGAAUGUUACUCCAUCCAGAUGAAUGUGGAGUUGGCGAUCUUCUUCACUGUCGGGCUCCAAGUGAGUGCCUCCGUGGUAAAGACAGAGAGAGAGCUGUGCUAGCUGCAGUUCGGCAAAGUUUGAAGAAAGCUAACUAUGAAAAUUUUGAUAUGUUGCUAGAAGCAUUUAGGCAUUAUGAUAAGAAUGGUGAUGGAAUGAUAGACAAAGAUGACCUGCGGAAGUCCUGUUUUCAGCUUAAUCUGAACCUAGAUGAUGAGCUCUUGGAUUCCUUACUUGACUAUUGUGAUUUGGAUAAAGAUGGUCUGAUCAGUUAUCUGGAGUUUGCAAACUUUCUUAACUGGAAAGACAAAAUGGCUGUUAAAGAAUUUGAAGAAAAAAUAAUUACAAAAGGGAAAAAAAUAAAUGUUCCUGCUCUGGCUGGCACAAAUGCAGAUGAUGAACCACUGCUGAAGCAGGAAGAUCUUGUAUUAAAAGAACCAGGAAGCUCAGAGAAGACACCAAAAACACUUACAAGACCAACAGACAGUGUAUUUGCAGAUUAUCAAACAACUUCUCAGUAUAAUGCUGUAGUAGGUGGUCUCCCAACAACCUAUUAUCCAGUGUGUGGCAUUCCAAUUAUUCGUUCAGAUAUUCCUGCUCCUCGAAUUUGUCGCAUCAGUGACAGAACUAAUCAUGGUGAUGAGGCAAAUGCUUAUGCAUUAUUGUUCCCUUCUGUCUUCAGUCAAAAGGGAAUGUAUGAAAAAGACUUUUUUAAAACAAGACCAAAGGUAGAGGUUGCACAAAUUCUCCGCAACCUUGGUAUGAAUGUUUCAGAUGAAAGAUUUGAAGAGAUAUGGAAGCAAGCCUGUAUGAAACAACAGAACGAAGAGGUUUGCAUACAAAAUGUCAGGAAUAUACUGGAUAAGAUAAAUGCAACGCCCAAAGACUAG